UUUUCAUUCAGUUGUCAUCGCGAUGCCGCUUAAAUGACAUCGUAAAUUCAAAUAUUAUUUUUAUUUAAAAAAAACAAAAUUAAUUUAUAAAAAUUCUCAUAAAUUUAAACCUCACUAAUAAUAAUAAUUAAUUAUUUAAAUUAAAAAAAAAGGACCAAGACUAGGACUUGAAUACCUUUUAAUUAAAAAAUAAUAACAAGAAGACCGACGCCGGAAUGUUUAAGAUGCGCGCGCAUUUGACUCGCGGUUCACCACCACCGUGCGAUCAUCAGGCUCAGGUGCAAAAGCAGGAUGAGGAGGAGGAUGACUCGGAACAGUGCAACGAUAGAACUCAAACAGAUUGUUCGUACGUUAAUUUAGAGGACACGUCGACUAUGCCACCGUGUGUUACGUCCGCGAUGAGUGUCGGCAACUUUAAUAAAAUAACAAUUCCCGCAACAGCAACUGAAUCUGAAUCACAGGAAACUAAUGAUCUGCUAAAUAACACCGCAGCUCCUAAAAUUCAAGGUGCGGCAACUGUUGGAUGGAGCACACCUGUCAAAGAUAAAACCAUGAAAAAUAAUAAUAAUAGUAAUGUUAAUAACAAUAAUUGUGAUAGAGCACCAUCGAUGGCUAAUUGUUUAUCCACGACGGUCCCUGUUAAUUUAAAAGCAUCACAAAUUGCCGGAAGACAUACGCCUACGCGUAGUUCUUUAAGGCAUAGUAGAAUGAUUGUUAUGCAUCGCACUGGCAACAUUCCAAGAAAAUCACGACCUCCACUUCUACGUCGCCGUAAACUAUCAAGUACAUUAGCAGCAUUACAGACAAUUAUCGGCAUUGCUGUGACCUCUUUGUCGCUGUGGUUACUUCUAUGGGCACCAAAUUUACCAUUUUUGGAUAAUCCAUACUGGAGUGGAAUGCCGUUACUCUUCUCCGGAAGUUUCGGAAUAUGUCUGCUCUGCUGCUUCAAAAAAGAGUACCCAGGCCUGAGUCCGGGAUUCUGUUUAACGGCGACAAAAGUAAUGAGCUUCUUCCUCGCAGCACUUGCAGCAAUAACGUGUCUGUUAGCCUGCAUCACAUCCGCAAUCCACCUGAUAAGACUGAGCGGAUUAGAAUGCACACCAGCGCGUGUAAUAAAUGCGACAUGUGCAUGCAGAUCACGUAGCGAGCUUGCAAGUGCCUCCGAGCCGGUUCUCAAGUACGUUGAUCUCAACUGCCCCGAAGUCGAAGGUGUUCUCACUAUUUUGUUAAUCUUCUCCUCGAUAUGCAACGCCCUGGGUGCGAUUAUUGCCUCAUGGUAUUGUUAUCUGCACUGGAGCACACGCGACAAACGCCUUCAGUAUUUGAAAGUCAGAUCAAGCUCGCGAGCUCCUCUCGAUUCGCGGCCGAUUUACAAUCCAAAUUUGAACAGACGAUGACACUCUUUAUUUUAAUUUAAAUAUCGGCUACAAUUACAAUCACAAUUAUCAUUAAUUAAUUAAUUAAUUAAUUAAUUAAAUACCAACGCACUCACAGUUUUAAAAAUCUCCGUUUUAGUCAUACGUCAAUUUUCAGUAUUUUAUUACCUUAAUUAUUAUUAUGAUAUAUUGAUAUUUUAUAUCAUAGAUUAAUGAUAUUAUUAAUGACGGAGUGAAAAAAUGC